GGCGCCAUUUCUUCGCCUUCCCCGCUUGGCCGCUUCCCCCCUCUCUCUCUUCCUUCCGCCUCUCGGGCCACGCCAUGCACCGCGCCAGCUACCACCGCUAAUCUCUCGCGAGCAUUUUCCCAAAAAACUCCAGUUUCUCCCUGGCCUCACACCCCAAUCGCAAAUUUUUUCCCCAAAUUUUUUCCAUCAAUUUCACCCACAUUGCGCUUGAUCCUCUCCCCCUUGCUCCGGUCGCUAAUCGAUUCCGCACAUUUUUGUGGAUUUUUCCAUGAAGUGAGCCGAUGUAAUGGAGGAGGACUCGCGCGAUGUGUCCGACGCCUCGCCCACCUCGCCGUGGGAGGACGGUGUCGUCGAGCACUUCGACGAUGAGUCGCCCCGCGGCGAGGGGUACAUCAUCGAGGACGAGGAGAUGUCGGACGUCGAGACGACCGCGGAUUCGCCGGUGGUCCCUCCAGAGCCUUCCACGCAGCCUCCCCCACCGCUGCGGAGACGCCUAGCGCCGGUCGUGUCGUCCGAAGUCCCAGAGGCGGUGGUGCGGGCGGUCGACGCAGUGAUCAUGGGCGGCGGGGUCGACCGCCUCCGCGAGAUGGUCUCCGAGGAAAACGGCGAGGUCUCGCAUUUCAUCGUGGACGUACUGAUGAUCACGAUGGGCGGCGUGGAUGGCAUCGACGAAGGCACAGGCGACGGCACCAGCAGCAGCACGACGCCCAGCAUCAUGUCCAGCUCGCGCGCGGCCGCCAUCGCGGCCGAGCUGUUGCCCUACCUCCCCUGUGGCACCGAGCCGUCGCCGCGCACUCGUAUGGCCCGUGGUCUCCUCGCCACCCUCAGCGCCUGCACUCGCAACCGCACCAUGUGCUCCGCUUCGGGUCUUCUCGCUAUUCUCCUCGAGGUCGCAGAGAAGCUGUUCGUAGGAAUGGGUCAGAGCAGGGAGUGGGACGGGACACCACUUGUGCAUUGCAUUCAGGUGCUGGGCGGACACUCGGUUAGUGUCAAGGGCUUGCAUUCCUGGCUCCUUUUGGUUAAGAAGGCUCUUGGGACGCUCUGGGCGACGCAGCUGACACUUGCAUUGGAAAAUUCUGUUGGCUGCAAUGAGGCAAAGGGCCCUGCAGUGACGUUUGAGUUCGAUGGCGAGAGCUCUGGCUUGCUUGCCCCUGGGGAGAGCAGGUGGCCAUUCUCGAAUGGAUUUGGGUUUGCCACGUGGAUAUAUGUAGAGUCAUUCUCAGACUCACGCAACACAGCUACGGCCACAGCAGCCAUUGCAGCCGCUGCAGCAUCAACGUCUGGGAAAUCAUCAGCAUGGGCGGCAGCUGCGGCUGCUUGCACACUUGCUGGAGAAGGGACGAAGCACAUGCCCCGACUUUUCAGUUUCCUCACUGCUGAUAACGAUGGUGUGGAGGCUUAUUUUCAUGGCCAGUUUCUAGUCGUUGAGAGUGGGACUGGAAAGGGGAAAAAGGCUUCUCUCCAUUUCACCUAUGAAUUCAAACCACAGUGCUGGUACUUUGUUGGUUUGGAGUACGCAAGCAAACAGGGUUUGCUUGGAAUGGUCGAGAGUGAACUGCGGUUCUAUGUGGAUGACAAACUUCACGAGAGCUGUCCGUUUGAGUUCCCACGCAUCUUGAAACCGCUGGCCUUCUGCUGCAUUGGAACAAACCCACCACCAACUAUUUCUGGCCUGCAGCGCCGGCGGCGGCAAUGCGCACUGUUUGUGGAAAUGGGGCCUAUAUAUAUUUUCAUGGAGCCGAUUGGGCCAGAGAGAAUGACUCGACUUGCUUCUAGGGAAGGAGAUGCACUUCCCAGCUUCAGCAAUGCCGCUGGUUUGCCUUGGAAAGCUACCAGUGAUCACAUUAGGGAAGUAGCUGAAGAUAGUUAUGCGCUUGACAUUGAGACUGCAGCAAGCUUACAUCUUCUGUAUCACCCUAGCCUACUCAACGGCCGAUUUUGUCCGGAUGCUUCACCUUCUGGUUCGACAGGUACUCAGCGAAGACCUGCAGAAGUUGUUAGGAUGGUUCAUGUAUCUUACCGCGUGCGACCUGCAGAAUCUUUGUGGGCAUUAGCUUGUGGAGGUCCAAUGGCUUUACUACCAUUGACCGUGAGCAAUGUUGAGAUGGAUAAUCUGGAACCUAUACUUGGUGAUUUGUCACUGUCUCUUGCUACCGCUUCUCUUUCUGUUCCCAUUUUCAGGAUAAUUUCCCUGGCUAUUCAACAUCCUGGAAACAAGGAGGAGCUAUGCCGUACACAUGGACCAGAGCUUCUAUCAUUAGUUUUACAUUAUUUAUUGGAAACACUGUCAAGACUGGAAAGUGGGAAGAAAGAGAUACUGAGUGACGAGGAGCUUGUUGCUGCAAUUGUAUCUUUGUGUCAGUCGCAAAGAAAUGAUCCUGGUCUAAAAGUGCAGCUUUUUAGCACUUUGCUGUUGGACCUGAAGAUGUGGAGCUCAUGCAACUAUGUUUUGCAGAAAAAGCUUCUCUCUUCACUCGCAGACAUGGUUUUUGCAGAGUCUGCUUGCAUGUAUGAGACAAAUGCGUUGCAAAUGCUUCUUGAUGGAUGCAGAAGGUGUUACUGGGUAACUCGUGAAGGAGAUUCAGUAGAUACUUUCACAUUUGCUGGAACUGAGAGACCUAUAGAGAAAGUGAAUGCUCUUGUUAAUGAGCUUUUGGUUGUUAUUGAACUGUUGAUAGGGGCAGCUUCUUCUUCUACUAUGGCUUCUGAUGAUAUUCGUUGUUUGGUUGGAUUCAUUGUUGACUGCCCACAACCUAACCAGGCAAGUGGAGUCAACACUGGCAGUCCAGCACAGUAUUAAGCAAACACUCUCGUUGAUUUUUUGCUUCCCUUGCUCAUCAGGACUAUGUUUAUACAUACUUUCUCCAUUCAAAUCUGAGUUUGGAAUC